UUGUGUCUGGGGAGCCCCGAAUCGUGCUGCAGUCGGUCGGCUCCCCCCCCAGUGACAAGUCGGAAAUGAUGUUCCCGUCCCAUCCUGCCAGAUGAAGGAGCCGAGGAUCCCGGGGAGCCUGGCCCUGGGCUGGCUGGGGCUAGUGCUGGCCCUGGCCCCCGGGGGCUCCCUCGCUGAGGAGACUGCCUUUGUGGAAGUGGUUCUGUUCGAGUCCAUUCCUAAUGGAGAUUAUAAAACCCACACUACUGAGUUACAGGGGAGGUUCUCCCGGGCUGGAGCCACCAUCAGUGCAGAGGGGGAGAUCGUACAGAUGCAUCCACUGGGACUUUGCAACAACAACGAUGAAGAAGAUUUGUACGAGUAUGGCUGGGUUGGGGUGGUGAAGCUGGAACAACCUGAAAUGGAUCCGAAGCCUUGUCUAACUGUCUUGGGAAAGGCAAAGCGAGCCGUUCAGAGAGGUGCUACAGCUGUUAUAUUUGAUGUCUCCGAUAAUCCUGACGCAGUGGAACAGCUGGACCAAGGCUUAGAGGACCCCUUGAAAAGGCCAGUUGUGUACAUGAAAGGCAUGGAUGCUAUUAAACUCAUGAACAUCGUCAACAAGCAAAAAGGUGCCAGAGCGAGGAUUCAGCACCGGCCUCCUCGGCAACCAACUGAAUAUUUCGACAUGGGUAUAUUUCUGGCCUUUUUUGUUGUGGUGUCCCUGGUCUGCCUUAUUCUUCUUAUCAAGAUCAAAUUAAAGCAGAGAAGAAGUCAGAACUCACUGAACAGGAUGGCUGUUCAGGCACUAGAGAAAAUGGAGACCAGAAAAUUCAAAGCAAAGGGCAAAGUGCCCCGAGAGGGGAGUUGCAGUGGCCUUGACACCCUUAGUAGCAGUUCCACCUCUGACUGUGCCAUUUGCUUAGAAAAAUACAUAGAUGGAGAGGAGCUGAGAGUCAUUCCUUGCACACAUCGGUUUCACAAGAGGUGCGUGGACCCCUGGCUUUUACAGAACCACACCUGUCCUCAUUGUAGGCACAACAUUAUAGAACAAAAGAAAGGAGGUCAUGGUGCCAUAUGUAUGGAGAGUACAAGCAUUAACAGCCGACAUCAACAGCAGCAGAGAGUCAUUCUACCAGUUCAUUAUCCAGGACGCGUGCAAAGGACUGGACCCAUCGCUGCAUAUCCAACUCGCACCAGCAUGGGCCCACAUGGCAAUCCCAUCACGGUACUUACUGUGGAACGGCCAAUGGAGCCUGAGCUAUGCCCUGCCCGGACACCUGCUUUUCUGGCAGGAUACAGACCUGUAUCACUGGAUCAGUCAUCUACAGGACAUCAUUGUGACCUGGAGCACCCUCCAUUUCCAGCCCCACAAACUAGUCAUGGCUUCCGCCGUUCUAAAUAUAGUGGGAGAGGUUUUAACACUGCCACUUGUUAUUCUCAAUAUGAGACCAUGUAUCAGCACUACUACUUCCAAGGUCUGAGCUACCCACACCACCAGGAAACCACAGGGGGUAGCCAGAACUCCAGAGGAGUAGAAAAGGGCCUGAAUCAUCCCUUUCAGACAGGUACUAACUUGUUAUACCAGCCUGCACCUGCCGUGAUGCACAUGGCACCACAUUCAGCUGGUGGGAGCUGCUACCUACACAGCCAGCAUCAACAUCGCUCUGUAUGCAGUGGCUACUUAGCUGAUGUUCCCUGCAGUGACAGUAGCUCCAAUUCCAGUGCAGGCUCUGCUCAGGGGCAUGCAUCAUCUAGUGACUCCAUGCUUGACUGCACGGAGGCUAGCAACCAGGGAGUGUAUGGUAGCUGCUCCACCUUUCGAAGCUCUCUUAGUAGUGACUUUGACCCUUAUGUAUACAGGAGUCGCAGCCCUGCAAGGACUGGAGGAGGGGAAGCUAUAGGUUUUGGGGGGGAAUCUGUGACAGGACUUGGAAGAGGUAGAGUGGAUUGCAGACCUCAUCAGACCUUUCCAAAUUCUUCCUCACGGGACCGUCUGUCCAGCUGCAGCUUGGAGAUGAAUUACAGCAGCAAUUCUUCACUGGAAAGGCGAGGGGCAGCCUUGGUUUCUGGGGUAAUCCCAGAUACCUCUUGCUCCAUCUCACAAGGUGUAAGAGACUGGCGGGGGCCUGACCAGGGCUGCCCCUGCUGCUGUCAGAGGCCGGCUGGGGAUCCCGGUCCAGAAUGCACAACGUUGUUCUUGGGUCCAGAACCUCAGCAAGCAGCUGCCGCACCCUCCAGUGGAGGCUUGUACAGUGUUACCUCCAGCCUUUUACAUCGGACAGAGCCAGGGACAGUACUUGGCCACUCUGCCCGGCCCUGCUGCCUCUAUGAGGAGAAUCACGGAAGCUGCUACACUGAGGACUAUGCAGUCAGCAUUCAGUACGCCCUGGCAGAGGCAGCAGCGGCUGCAGCUGCUGCUGCAGUAGCUGGAUGUGAGCCUGGUCAACCUAUCCCCAUCAUUCCCGAGGACCCUGGCUGUGAGGGUGGCCUGGACUGUGUUGGACAUGUCUCCUGGGAAAUGGAGGGUGAUGAUGAAGAUGAAGAGGAGGUACUGUACUGCCAAGAAGGACCUUGCUGUGCAUUAGUAGAGGAGACACGUGCUCUCUGUCGAAGCACAGGGGCAGAGGGACCUGGAAAUGUCACAGGCCAAGACUGCCACCCAAAAGAGAAAGACUGACCAUUAUGGGUACCGACCUCUAGGACUAGAAUGGAGCUUGUGGGAUCUUUUAUGAACUUUAUUUAUAGGAAGAAAUAAAUCACACUUAUUAUGGUUUUCCCAACAACCGCCACCAAACUCGCAAACUUCUGGAAUUCACCAUACCGUACAACCACUUUUACUUGCUUUAUUCCUUG